AUGGCAGAGCCAGAGAAUAUUUUCCCCGCAUUGGCAGUUGUUGGGUUGUCACUCAAGUUCCCACAAGAUGCUGUCUCUGCUGAAUCAUUCUGGAACAUGAUCCUUGAAGGAAGAUGUGCGUCGACUGAGUUCCCGUCAGACCGGUUGAAUAUCGAUACGCACCACAAUCCAGAUACCAAUCGGCUUGACACCUUGUCUGUACGCGGAGGCCAUUUCAUGACAGAAGACAUUGGUCUCUUUGAUGCUCCCUUUUUCUCUAUCACCGCUGCGGAGGCUGAGGCUAUGGAUCCCCAGCAACGGCUUGUUUUGGAAACUGUUUUUCGAGCAUUGGAGAACGCCGGAAUGACCAUGGAGAGUAUUGCAAAAUCCAAGACCUGUGUUUUUGCUGGCUCAACCGGCCACGAUUAUCUCAUGUUAAAGGUGAAAGACCCUCUGUAUAUGCAGAAAUGGGACAUUACAGGAACUACCUCGAACAUGGUACCCAACCGCAUCAGUUGGUUUUUUGACCUUGUCGGACCCAGCGCUGCUAUUGACACGGCCUGCUCAAGUAGUUUGAUGGCUUUUGAUAUGGCCUGUCAGUCUAUCUGGAGCGGUGAUUCAACUAUGGGAUUGGCAGUUGGAAGUAAUAUUCUCCUAGCGUUAGAGACAACACUGAUGAUGGACAACUUGGGUCUUCUAUCCAAAGAUAGUCGGUGCUACAGCUUUGAUGAGCGUGGUAAUGGAUAUGCUCGCGGCGAGGGUGUCGGUGUUCUUGUUAUUAAGCCGGUGGAAGAUGCUUUACGUGAUGGAGAUACAAUUCGAUCUGUGAUAAGAGCAUCUUCUUCCAACCAGGAUGGAAGGACUCCAGGUAUCACGCAGCCAAGCUCGGAGAUGCAGGCCAAAUUGAUUCAAGAAACCUAUCGCAAAGCGGGACUGGACAUGGCAACGACGCGGUAUUUUGAAGCGCAUGGCACAGGAACUGCUGUUGGAGAUCCAGCCGAAGUGAAGGCCAUUGGAUCAGUAUUCCGACCGCACCAUUCUCCAACUGACCCUUUGUACAUUGGCUCUGUAAAGUCGAAUAUUGGACACUUGGAAGGAGGGAGUGGAGUUGCAGGUGUCAUCAAAACGGUCCUCGCGCUGGAGAAGGGUGUCAUUCCCCCAACCAGUGUGAACUUGCAAAACCUCAACCCUAGAAUUGAUGAUGAAUUUUUCCAUAUCAAGUUUCCGCAAACUGCUCUGCCCUGGCCAUCAGAGGGACUGCGACGUGCAUCCGUCAACUCAUUUGGUUAUGGAGGCUCGAAUACCCAUGUUGUCAUGGAUGAUGCCGGACACUAUUUGCAGAAAAUGGGCCUGAAAGGCAAUCACAACUCUGUCAUGCUUUAUUCAUCAUCCCUAUGCAAAGAUCACCGUGUAGCUGAUGUGGAGAAUUUUCAUAAUGCAAAGAUGGGCUUACACAAUGUGACAGAGAAUUCGGACGAUUCCCCCAAACUACUGGUUUGGUCUUCAGCCGACGAAAAAGGAAUUUCCCGACAUCAAAGGAAUUGGAAGUCACACUUUUCCGCGUCAUCCAAAUACGAUGCGCAACCCAAAUUUCUGGAUGAUGUGGCCCACACUUUGUCGGCCAGAAGGACACAUUUCUCCUGGAGGGCAUUUGCCAUCGCUCGGUCGUCAGAUAGCUUGGUUACAUUAUCUGAUCGAUUCUCGCCCGCCACUCGCGCUCGCACAUCGCCAAACUUGGCGAUGAUUUUCUCUGGGCAAGGGGCUCAAUGGUUUGCAAUGGGUAGACAGCUGCUUGAUGUCUAUCCAGUGUUUGUGCAAAGCAUCGAUGAAGCAGGAACGUAUCUCAGGACACUGGGUUGUGAAUGGACGCCCAUUGAUGAACUCAGACGAAGCGAGUCCACUUCCAAUGUGAAUAAGACUGAGUACAGCCAGAUUUUGUGUACGAUCGUCCAAGUUGCAUUGGUCGACCUGCUCCGCUUUUUGAAAGUCGUUCCCAAGGCGGUGCUAGGUCAUUCAUCCGGAGAAGUAGCAGCCGCCUAUUGUGCCCGUCAAAUAUCGAGAGAAUCAGCCUGGAAGAUAUCAUUUUACCGAGGAAACAUGAGUAGCAUGUUGGAGAAGACCAGCGAGUUCAAAGGCUCCAUGCUUGCAGUUGCCCUGUCAGAGCAGCAUGCAAUGAACUAUAUUGAAGAGAUUAGCAAGCAGUUUGAUGUGGUCAAACUUAGCGUCGGCUGUAUCAACAGCCCAAAGAGUGUGACCGUGACCGGAGAGGUGACUCAACUGGACGCGCUCAAGAUACUACUCGAUCGUGAUAGUGUCUUUUGUCGCAGACUCAAGGUCAAUUUAGCCUAUCAUUCUUUUCAAAUGAAAGAAAUAGCGGGGCAUUAUCUUGAAGCCUUGGGGGAUCUGCUACCCGAUUACUCAGGUAACAAGGAUUGCCCCGAAAUGGUGUCUUCUGUGACUGGCAAUUGGAUUGAACGAGGAGAAGCAUCUCAGGCUGUCCAUUGGGUUAACAACAUGAUUUCUCCUGUGCGCUUCUCUAGUGGGCUCGCCAUACUUUGUUCAGGUGCUUCUUCAAAAUCCCACAAGAAAUUGGAUGGCAGCCACCGCAGGAAAAUAUUGAUUGACCACAUAGUUGAGAUUGGACCGCACUCCGUUUUGCAGGGUGCCUGCAAAGAUGUGCUGGAAAGCGCCAAAGGAAACAAGGCAGUGGAAUAUUUUUCGUUAUUAGUUCGGAAUAUCUCCGCUCUCGAUACUGCUUUCUCUGUGUUUGGAAAAUUGUUUGCGGCGGGCUACCCAAUUGAUCUAAAUCGAGUGAAUAGACAUGACUCUGCAAAGCAAGGUGCACUUAAGUCUUUGUCAUGUCUUCCUCAGUACCCUUUCAACCACGAAGUGCGCCACUGGCACGAGAGCAAUCUCAGCAAAAAUCAGCGUCUUCGGGCUGUUGGUCGAAAUAACCUGCUGGGAGUUGCUGAUUCGUAUGAAAAUCCGUUUGAGAGACGAUGGAGGAAUUUUUUACGUGUAUCGGAGAUGCCUUGGAUCAAUGAUCACCAAAUUGACGGCACGAUUGUCUACCCCGGUGCAGGCAUGUUGGUAAUGGCCAUCGAAGCUGCUAACCAGGUUGCCGAGCAAGGUAGACCUGUCAACGGCUUCAAUAUUCAGCAGGCCAAGUUCCAUGCUGCAAUGAGAGUCCCAACUGGGGCAUACGGACUCGAGACAAACUUUUACCUCCGACCUGUCCAAAAUAUGGAUUCAAAGACUUCCACAUGGUUCGAAUUCCGUCUUUGCGCAUACCAAAAUGAGGUUUGGACCGAGCAUUGUACUGGCAUUGUUCAGAUCGUGUAUAACUCAACCGACACUGACCCCGAGAUGGAUAAAAGGCUCAAAACAGAAUUGUGGAACUACCAUAUGAAAGCCUACUCCGAUGCCAUGAAAGUAUGCACAUUGCCUAUGGAUGGAUUGUCUCUGUAUGCACGCUUGCAAAGAUCCGGCUAUGGAUAUGGAGAAGCUUUCCAGCUGGUAAGGUCGGCUUCAUUGAGUAGUGAGGAGAUGUCUGUCGUUGCCGAAGUGCAAGCAUUCUGCUCUUCACAAGGCGAGACAAUCCAUCCAACGACACUAGAUGCAAUUCUGCAAACGUCGAUCUGGACCACAGUGACUUCUGAGGCUGACAAUAUUCACACUGCCAUUCCAACAUCCGUUGAGAGUAUGUGGAUUUCUGGUCGAUUACCCGGCUCCACAUCAUCCCAUGUUCUAAAGACUCAUGCUACUCGUAACGAAGAGUCAACAUUCCUUGGGGAAUCUGUGAAUAUCACCGCAUUUGACGAGGCACUGGGAGAAGUUCUUGUCUCGAUCCAGGGACUUGGUACCAACGUCGUCAGCGAAACGAAAAUCUCAAUUGUUGAUGGAGUGGUUACGGAGGAUCUCUGUAAUUACCUGAAAUGGGAGCCGGACCCCAAUCUACAGAGCAACGGCCAAUUGACAGAUCUCUGCAGAAAGAGAACAACAAGUUGUAAAGACCCUGAUGAUCUUUUUCUCGACUUGGAUCUUAUCGUUAUGGUUCGAAUUACUGCAACACUCAAGAUGUUGUCCGAAAAAGAGAUCAAAACCCUCCAACCACAUUUUCAGAAAUACGUGGACUGGAUGCAAGGCCAACAAAAUACGCUUGAUGGGGGUCAACAUCGGUUCUGCGAACAGCCUUGGAAAAGCCUGCUGAGUGAUGUUGACUCUGUUCGUAAGAUUGAAACUCGAUUGCUGGACACAAACAAACAAUGCUCCCUCUUUGUUCUUGUUGCUCGAAACUUGCUCAGCAUCCUCACUGGGGAUAUAGAUCCUUGGGUUUUUCUGUUUGGAGGAGACAAGGUGAAUGAGUUUUACUAUGAAAAGCUUCGUGUUUCCCAUGGCCUCAAGCAGUUUGGCACCUACCUCGAUCUUUUAUCUCAUUCCAACCCAAUGAUGAAAAUAAUAGAGAUUGGGUCAGGUUCUGGAUCCAUGACUGACACUAUGAUCCGAAUGUUGGGAGGGGGUGAUGAAGGUAGUGAGCGAAAAUACGCUCAGUGGGACUACACUGAUAUAUCUACAUCUUUUUUGACGAGAGCCCAGGAUCAAUUCCGAGGAGAGGCGGAUAGAAUGAGAUUCAAACGACUCGACAUCGAGAAGGAUCCCGAAAAGCAGGGAUUCAGUUGUGGGACCUACGACAUCGUCGUUGCUUGUUUGGUUUUUCACGCGACUACCAACCUCAAGACCACAUUGUGUAAUGCUCGGAAGCUGCUGAGGCCAGGAGGAAAGCUCAUGCUAUAUGAGAUAGUCGCUCCAAAUUGCCGUUCCGCAUUUAUAUUUGGUCUUCUUGAAGGAUGGUGGUUAGGUUCGGAAUCCUAUCGCACACUUGGGCCAUGUGUCGAUGAGCGAAAGUGGAACGAACUCCUUAUAGAAACCGGAUUCUCUGGAGUAGAUCUUUUUUCGCCAGACUUCGAAACUUCAAUCUCCCAUGAGUGUGGGAUGUUAGUCUCGACGGCCGUUGAGGAGUUACCGACCAGUAAUUCGGCGCAAAGAAUUGAGAUUAUCUACGACGGUGCCGAUGCGUCUCAAAAACGCCUGAUGCAAUUCAUUAUCGAAAACUUUGAAACUGCGGUGAACACUCGCAUUCUAUGUUCUUCGAUUCAAGAGGCAGUGGAAAAGCCGGGAGAUGACUCUAUUCUUCGUAUCAUCCUCAUAGAACUUCAGAGCCCCAUCUUGCCCGAGAUUCAACCAGAGCUAUUUAUACAGCUUCAACACCUUCUUUCUUCAACGGCAGCGGUAUUAUGGAUCAAUCAAGGGGGCGGUAUAUUUCCAUCGCGGCCCCAGUUUGGUCUUGUGGAAGGAAUGUUCCGAGUGUUAAAGACGGAGAACAGUAAGCGAAAGCUUCAUCUACUGUCGCUUGAGCCCCAGGCCUCCCUCACCAGGAAACAGCAUGAUCAUGUCAGAAACAUGAUCAAAUUAUUGUUGUCGCCGACAGCGGUCAAUAUGGAUAUGCAUUACAUCGAGCACGACGGAGUCUUGAACAUCCCUCGUUUACUCCCUUCGAAACCAUUGAAUGAAAGCAUUGCGCUCAAGGCCAGUCCGCAUCAUUCUAGAAUUCAGAAUUUCGACUGUCAAAUCCCAUUGCAGUUUAAUGCUGCGUCCCCCGGAUUGCUCAAUGGGUUUGAAUUCAUUGAGGAUGAGAGUGCGUACCUCCCCCUCGAGGCGGAUGAAAUCGAGAUUCAGAUCAAAUGCGCAGGAAUAAACUUCCGUGAUGUCCUGAUUGCGGUGGGUCAGUUGAAGGCCAGCCAUACUGGAUCUGAAUGGUCCGGAGUUGUCAGUAGAAUAGGUGACGCUUGCAGCAGAUUCCAAAUUGGUGAUUCUGUUGUUGGUCUUCAUGAUGGAUGCUUUUCGACGUCCAUUCGCAUGCAGGAAAGCGGCCCUGUUGUCAAAAUUCCUGCCGGCAUCUCCUUCUCAGAUGCUGCAGCGGUGUCGGUGAACUUUGCUACUUCAUACAUUGCAUUGUAUAACGUGGCUCGUCUACAAACUGGCGAGACUAUCUUGAUUCAUUCGGCAACUGGAGGUACCGGUCAAGCAGCGAUCCAGCUUGCAAAAAACGCCGGUGCAACUAUCUUUGCCACGGUUGGCUCCGAGAGAAAGAGGAAAAUUCUGAUGGAUGUUUACAAUAUCCCUGAAUCGAACAUCUUUUCUAGCCGGACGACCUUGUUUUCAAAAAUGGUCAAGCAUCGAACGGGCGGAAAAGGUGUUGACGUUAUCCUCAACUCCCUGGCUGGUGAGAGCCUCUUCGCAUCCUGGGAAUGCAUUGCACCCUAUGGCAGAUUCCUAGAGAUCGGAAAGAGAGAUAUUCUCUCUAAUCAGAGACUACCCAUGCUCAAGUUUCUUGAAAACGUCACAUUCAGUGGUGUUGACUUGGCCGCUAUGUCGGUUGAACGGCCGUGGGUGUGCACUGCGGCUCUAAAAUCGGUCUUUGAUUUGAUUCAAGAAGGCAAAGUUCAUCCAUCACAGCCUAUUAAUGUAUAUGGGAUUGGGGAAAUGGAGAAGGCAUUUCGUAUCAUGCAAACCGGCCAGCAUGUCGGAAAGAUGGUACUUGAAAUGCGUGGGCAUGAUCAGGUAAAGACAGUGUUAAAAACACGCCCAUCCUUCUCGUUGGACUCAAAUGCAACGUUCGUGAUAUCGGGUGGAUUGGGUGGUCUCGGAAGGAACAUUGCGUGCUGGCUGGCAGAUCAGGGAGCCCGCCAUUUGCUUCUGCUCUCGCGCUCGGGGAGACAAGGGAAAGCCGAUGAUAUUAUCAAGCAGCUCGAAAAAAGGGGCGUCAAUGUCCUGGCUUCUGUGUGUGAUGUAUCAGACAAAUCGUCAGUGGAGAACGCAUUGCGUGAAUGUCGCUCGCAUAUGCCCCCAAUCAAAGGAUGCAUCCAAGCAGCUAUGGUCUUACGAGACGCUCUUUUUGAAGGAAUUUCUCAUCAAUCCUGGCACGAGUCCAUCGGUCCAAAAGUUCAAGGUUCGUGGAAUCUACACCAACUUCUUCCUCAAGGAAUGGACUUCUUUAUUAUGUUGUCUUCUAUCUCUGGUAUCUUGGGAACCACCGGACAAGCCAACUAUGCAGCUGGAAAUACAUUCCAAGAUGCGCUGGCUCGGCACCGCGUCGGACAGGGUGAAAAGGCAACUUCCCUAGAUCUGGGAGUCAUUGACUUUGCCGGUGCUGUGGUGGAAGACGCCCGACUGCAUGAUAUGUGGAUCAAACAUAGUGGGCUCAACCCGGUGACGGAAGCACAUGUCCAUGGCCUGCUUUCCACCUAUUGUGAUCCCAGUAUGAGUUACACCACAACUCGGGAUUGUCAGGUUGUCAUCGGCUUAUCGCCAAGUUCAGUCUCUAGCAAUGAGCAAUGGAGAACAGAGCCACUUCUCCAACACCUCAUCGUGAAUGAGAGACCUGGUGGAGUGGAGCAGAAGCAAGCCAAUAGCGAAGGGGCAGCAGCGCUACGGCAAGUAGAGUCUUUGACCGACGCCAAUGCGUUUAUCAUGGAACUCUUAACUGAAAAGCUUUCUAUAUCUCUGGGUAUUGCGAUUGCUGAUAUUGAUGCCAACAAGCCUUUGCACCAGUAUGGAGUGGACUCGCUUGUUGCGGUAGAGCUGCGUGGUUGGCUUUCCAGGGAGCUGCAGGCUGAGUUAGGGGUGUUUGAGAUUAUUGGAGGAGCAACGCUGACGUCUAUCUCUCAGCUCGCUACGAGGAAAAGCAAGCUAGUUAAUAUCUCAGCGAACUAG